CCGAGAGAGAUAGAAUGGUGCCCCCUGCAGGCGCUCUCCUGUCACUGCUGCUCCUGGUGACUGCUGCAGGUUGUGUGGGUCAGCCCUGCAGCGAGGGCAGGACCUAUUCCAAUGCCAUUAUAUCCGCGGACCUGGAGACCAUCAGAAUCAUGCCUGUGCCUCAGACCUUCUCGGCAGAGGACUGCACGGCUGCCUGCUGUGACCUGCCCACCUGUGACCUGGCCUGGUGGUUCGAGGGACACUGCCACCUGGUGAGCUGCCUGCAGAAGGAGAGCUGUGUGCCCAAGAGGACGGGGCCCAUCCAUUCCUAUCUCACUUUUGUGCUGCGGUCCUCACCCCAGAGGCCCACACAGCUGCUGGACUACGAGGAGAGGAUGCUGAGCAAGGGUGUGCCAUUGGGGGCCUGGGCAGACCCCCCUGGAGACCCUCACAAAGAUCUGCCCUUUCUAGGCAGAGGUGGGGGCCUGGAGGGGCCUGCGGACUACAUCGAUGGUGACUAUGGGGCACUGGAGCCGGGCCUCCUCCCACCCGCUAGCCCGUCCAGUCUUGGCAGGGAUGCCCAGGACUCUGGCUGGGGUGCCAGUGAUGCAAAUGCCUCCUUAGGGGAUGGCAUCUCAGCCUUGGUGUCUGGGGAGGGCCACCCAGCAUCCACAGAGGAUAGUCCUUUGGCCUUAGUAUCUGUGGGAGACCUAGCAUCCACAGGGGAUGACCUCAUGUUUGUGGGGGACAGUCCCUCAGCCCUAGAAUCUGUGGGGGACAACCUGGGACCACCUGGGGACAGUCCCAAGGCACCCAUGUCCCCAGCAGAUGGUCUGGUGGCCUCAGCAUCCACACACAAGAAAACACAGGACCUGGAGCUCAACCCACAUGCCCUGCAGCGCCCCACACUGGGCGAGGCUACACAGCCUACCACCUCCGCAACCUCUCCAUCCCCCUCUUCGGCUGCUCUGUCCCCAUCCCUGGGACAGGCCACAGAGAAAAACGAUGCUGCUCAGCCCCAGGCACCUUCCCGAGGCAGCCCUGCGGGACAGGUUCUAAUGCCUUCUCAAGGUCCUCCUGACAGCCUGGAGUUCACCCCAGCCAUGUUGGAGAGAAGCCCAAUUCACAGUGUCACUGAGUGGAGCCCAGAGCUCAGCACCCCGGCACUUCCCACCAUUGCUGUCGCCCCUGGAGCUUCCACUUCUGAGCACCCCAUAUCUCCCAGGACAGCCCGGUUGCUGUUGGUGUCUGCUGGUGAUAACCUCCUUCUCACCUUACCCCAAGACUCGGUGGAGCUGAAGGCAUUGGUUGUGCCAGAGCCCCCACCAGAUACAACCUACAACUAUGAGUGGAGCUUGAUAAGCCACCCUGUGGGCUACCAAGAUGAACUCAAGCUGGGAAACACACAGACUCUUAAGCUGUCUCAUCUGUCAGCAGGAUUCUAUGCCCUCAAAGUCACCGUUUCUAGCGACAAUGCCUUUGGAGAGGGAUUCGUCAAUGUGACCGUUCAGCCAGCUCAGAGAGACAACCUGCCACCCGUAGCUGUUGUUAAUCCACAAGCACAAGAGCUCACUUUGCCCCUGACAUCGGCCCUCCUCGAUGGCAGUCAAAGUACAGAUGAUACUGAAAUAGUGAGCUAUCACUGGGAAGAAGUUAGCGGGCCUUUCUUAGAAGAGAAGACUUCUGCUGAUUCCCCCGUCUUAUACUUGUCUCACCUCGUUCCUGGUAACUAUACAUUCAGGUUGACUGUUGCAGACUCAGAUGGGGCCACCAACUCCACGACCGCCACUCUAAUCGUCAACAGUGCUGUGGACUCCCCGCCUGUUGCCAAUGCAGGAUCCAAUCAGACCAUCACCUUGCCCCAAAAUGCCAUCACCCUGAAUGGAAACCAGAGCAGUGAUGACCACCAGAUUGUGCUCUAUGAGUGGUCCCUGGGCCCGGGCAGUGAGAGCAAAGAGGUGGCCCUGCAGGGAGCAGGGACCCCGUACCUGCACGUGUCUGCAAUGCAGGAAGGCGAGUACACGUUUCAGCUGAUAGUGACAGAUUCUUCAGGACAGCAGUCCACUGCAGAGGUCACCGUGAUUGUCGAGCCUGAAGACAACAGGCCUCCAGUGGCUGUGGCUGGCCCUGAUAAGGAGCUGAUCUUCCCGGUGGACAGUGCUAUCCUGGAUGGGAGCAGGAGUAGCGACGACCACGGCAUUGUCUUCUACCACUGGGAGCACGUCAGAGGCCCCAGCGCAGUGCAAAUGGCAAACAGAGACACAGCAGUGGCCACGGUGACUGGCCUCCAGGUGGGUACCCACCACUUCCGGUUGACAGUGAAGGAUCAGCAGGGACUGACUAGCACAUCCACCCUGACCGUGGCCGUGAAGAAGGAAAAUAAUAGUCCUCCCAGAGCCCAGGCUGGUGGCAGACAUGUUCUUGUGCUUCCCAAUAAUUCCAUUACUUUGGAUGGUUCAAGGUCUACUGAUGACCAAGGAAUUGUGUCCUAUCUGUGGACCCGGGAUGGCCAGAGUCCUGCAGCUGGAGAUGUCCUCGGUGGCUCUGACCACAGUGUGGCCCUGCAGCUUGCCAAUCUGGUGGAGGGUGUCUACACUUUCCGCCUGCGAGUCACCGACAUGCAGGGUGCCUCAGACACAGGCAUCGCCACUGUGGAGGUGCGGCCAGACCCCAACAAAGGUGGCCUGGUGGAGCUCAUCCUGCAGGUGGGUGCUGGGCAGUUGACGGAGCAGCAGAAGGACACCCUGGUGCGGCAGCUGGCCACGCUGCUGGGCGUGCUGGACUCGGACAUUAGGGUGCAGAAGAUCCAGGCCCACUCGGAUCUAAGCACUGUGAUUGUGUUUUAUGUCCAGAGCGGGCCACCGUUCAAGGUGCUCAAGGCUGCCCAGGUGGCCCAGAAGCUGCACAAGCGCCUCUCCAAGGAGAAGGCCAACUACCUGCUCUUCAAGGUCCUGAGGAUUGACUUUGUAGGCUGUCUUCUCACGUGUUCUGGCCACGGCCACUGCGACCCUAUCACCAAGCGCUGCGUGUGCGCCCCCCUGUGGAUGGAGAACCCUGUACAGCGUUACCUGUGGGACAAGGAAAGCAAUUGUGAGUGGAGCAUCCUCUACGUGGCCGUGCUGGCUUCCGCUCUUGCAGUGCUCGUGGGAGGCCUCGCCUGGUUUUGCAUCUGCUGCUGCAGGAGAAGAAAAAGGACUAAAAUAAGGAAAAAAACUAAGUACACCAUCCUGGAUAACAUGGAUGAUCAGGAAAGAAUGGAACUGAGGCCCAGAUACGGUCUGAAGCACUGCAGCACAGAGCACAACUCCAGCCUGAUGGUGUCUGAGUCAGAGUUUGACAGUGACCAGGACACCAUCUUCAGCAGAGAACGGGUGGAGCAAGGGGACGCCCAGAGUUCUGUGAAUGACUCCGUUGGGAACGGCACCUCGUUCAGCUACUGCUCAAAGGACAGAUAAUGGUGCAGCUCUGAGGCAGGGGCCCCUGCUCCGCGCAGUCCACACACAACACUAGCUCCUGGUGGCAUAGUUUGUUGCCCCUCCCACAGGGCGGGAUGUGUGUCUCCUCGGAGUACAAGACUGGAGUCUUAGAGUUUUCAAGACAAAAAGAAACAAAAUAUUGCCCUUUUAACUGGGCUGCUUGUUAAUCAGAAUAAAGGCUGGGUGAAACUCCCAAGAUAUAUACUUACAAAAGUUGUGUAAAUUUGUAGCUGGUACCCUUUCAUAUUGCUUAUGUUAAAAUAAGAGUGAACGCCUGUUUCCCUAUGCAGACCCUUAAGCAAGAGGACUUAAACAAGGAUAUUGGGACGGCAGGUCACCCUCGGUAGUUGCAGUCACCUUCCAGGACAGCUGACCGAGAAAGGCUUCUCCAGCUGGACGUGCAGCUGGACUGCUGGGUGCAUUGCCUUCCUUUGAGGGGCGAAGCCGUCUGUGUGCUGAGCUGGCACCUCCCGGGUCUGUUCCUCAGCCAGUAGUGGGCAUGCUCUCCUGAAACCUCCAGAGCUGAGGAAGAGUUGAAUUCCAGGGCUGGAGGCAACAGCAAGGGACGUGGGGUUUCAGGACUUGGAGGCUCAAGGUUAGUUGACUACAGCAUUUAAAAUUCUUUUGCAAUUUCAUUCUCUAAGAAAAACUACACUGAGGCCUCUCAGCUCCAGUCUCUGUCAAGGGCAGUAAAGUUGAUUCGGAGUUCACGGAGCACGCAGCAGGCAUGUGAUGUAGCUGUGCCACCGGGCUGCCAUGAAGAAGGGUAACAACCACGUGACUGUAGGGAAGCUCUGGAGACAGCCCGUGCUGAUGGAAGCGGAUGGUCUGGACACUGGGCUACAAAUGCUUCCCAAAGGGUGUCUGAUGUAGACAUCUGUACCGUGUGUGUUUAAAAAAUAUUUAAAAAUAAAACAAAACAACAAAAAGAUACUUGUUGAACAGCUUUCUAUCAAAUAUUAUUGUAAACAUAUGGAAAAAAUCAAACCAUUUCCACCCACAAGUUAACCCAGAGCAGUUAACUGAAGUUAAUUGUGACUUGGCCCAGUGGCACAUGUCCCUAAUGCCAGUACUCUAGGCAGCUGAGGCAGGCAAAUUCAUAAGUUUGAACCUGAUCUGGACAAUUUAGUGGCUUAGGCCUUGUCUCAAAGUGAAAAAUACAAAAGGGCUGGGGAUGUGGCUCAGUGCAGAGGACCGGUUUCAGGGCCCUAGUACCACAAAAAAAGAUCAAGGUGAUUGAUCUGUGAAAGACCCAGCUGCCCGUGGUCCUGAGGCCUGGGACAGAGCAGAAGGAGAGAGAACCAGUGUUGUGGCAUCAGGUAGGGACACACCCAUGAGCAUCCUGGUGCAUGUGCUUCAUGAUGUGGGGUGUGGCUGGGGUUGCCAAAGGUCACCCUGAGUGAGGAACCUGGGAACAGAAUGCCAUGUUCUGUCCCCCUGCACUAUGAACUCCCUCCCUCAGUGUUGGAGGGUAACAUCUGCAAGUUCUUCAGGAUCCCCUGAGAGUUCUGUUUCUAGGAUUUAGAGGAAGCUCUUUUAACAUAGCCAAGAGCAAAAGACCUAGGGAGAAAGGGCCCACUUGUUGCUCCUUUUAGAUCUCUGCGGGCCACCCCUCCCUGUACAUCUCGCUCCUUUUUUGUCCCUGGUUGUCUUAGUUGUGGCCUCUCCAACCCUUCCACCACAGAGGAGCCUUGAAUCUAUAGGGAUUUAAAAAAUAAACAGGAUAGUGGCAAUGAGAAAG